AUUUGUAUGACGUAGUACGCACCGGAAACCAAUAUCCUAGUUUGAGAAUUUGUUUUAAUUUAAUUGUGUGAAAAGGCAACAAUUGGGAAGCGAACAUGCCAAAAGUUGUAUCUAAAAGUGUGGUGUGUACAGACACUAAAGAUCAAGAAGAAUAUCAGGGAGAGAAACCUCUCUAUGUCUAUUACUGUAUCUGUGGUCAAAUGUCGCUUAUUUUAGAUUGUCCGAUGGAAAAAUUACCGCUAAGGAAACGAGAUGGAUCGAGAGUGAUCGAUGGAAAUAAACAUGCGCAUAAAUUAACAUGUGAACCUGAUAAUAUAAUUUAUCUACAGAGACCUGAGGGAAUAGAGAAACAAUACAGACAGAAAUGUAAAAGAUGUGGUUUAUGGUUAUAUUAUCAUCACCAAGGUAACAGUAAUAUAAUAUUUGUUAUAAAUGAAGCUUUAAAGGUGGAGAGUGAAGGUAUUAAAACAGAUAUUUAUACUCAGUUAGCCAAACCUGUGAAGGUGACGUUAACUAAACACACGAAAAAUAUGGGUAAAUUUAGUUCCGUAACAGUUUCUACUAUUGACGAAGAAGAAGAUGAAUUGGAAGCUAAAGAAAUAGCUGAUUCCUACGCUGCUAAUGCCAAAGUUAUAGAGAAACAGUUAUUACGGAAAGGGAUGAAUAAACGUAAAUUAUUAGAAGAAGCUGAGGCGUCAAAACGACCAAAAGGAACCUUGAUAGACAAAUAAUAAACAUGAAUUUAAUUUUAUUUGUACAGACAAUAUAAUUAAGUAAGACUGUUUAAAAUGUUAAAGUGAUAGUUUAAGUCGUGUCAUAUUAAGACUGGAUAUUCAAAUCAAAGUUCUAGUAAUAUAGAGGUGUGUUGAUUUACCAGAUUCAAACCCAAGCAUGGACUGUAAACGUCUCCGAGGAUAAACAGGACUGUGUGUGGUGUUAUAAAAAACCCAGUGACAAGAUCUUCCUGGAUAAACAGGACUCAAGCGUGAAGUGUAAAAAUCUUCCAGGAUUACCAGGACUCAAGCAUGAAGUGUAAAAAUCUUCCAGGAUUACCAGGACUUUAUUGUCAGAAUUGAUAGAAUUAAAACUAAAGAUAUAACUUGCACAAUUUAGUGAUUUCAUCCACGCAAGCAAUGAGAUUAGUAUUCUAUUAGUGGUGGGGGUCACCUGUUACAGCUGGAGGAUAUUUGAAAAUAUUAAUAUCGCGAUAUUGUUUUAAAAAUCUUCAAUAUAUUGUCACUAUUGCGAUAUUUUUGUGCACUAAGCAUUAAACUCAGUAAUUGUGUAUCCAUAAAAUUGUACCUUGUGUUAUUAUAUGUUAAAAAUCAAGGAAGACAAGCAAGUGUUGUUUAAUAUCGGGUGCUAUUCCUCUCAAACAACAAUCUCUCUUAUUCAUAGUUUAAAUAUGGGCCUUGAAUUGUUUUAUUAAUCAACCUGCAUCAUACUUAAUAUAUUUUAUUUAACCAAAACCACGUUAUUUCUUUUUCCACUACUUCGUUGUCUGCCAUUUUCAGAACUUUUGUGAACAUACCAUUUUUACAUAUUUUUGAAACAGGUUUCGAAGAGUUUUGGUUCUGUUAUGCAAGAUCUUUUUCGACGUUCCAAAGUAAAAGUUCAGUUCUAAGACCACCUAAAGAUACAUUUUAAAUGUUCCUAUUAUUAAACAUGCAUUAUGCAAGAGCAAAAUCUGCUUAUUACAAGUCUUUCUUUAGGCCUGAAAUGUUAUCUAAAUUAUCAAUUAGACAUUAAUUAACUUAUCCAGACCAUAAUAAACUCUCGAUGUCAAGGCUAGCCUUCGAUGUUGGCUGGAUUAAAUUCCUAUAUGCCGCUAACGGCCGUUGAUAAUUAAAUCAAGAAAAGCGGAUAAUCGAGACUUGCUUUUAUUGAAAGGGUGAUUACUUUCGAUCAUUUUCAGCUUAUUUUCAUGAUACAAGAAUGGCUGUGCGUUCACUUUCAGUGCAAAUGAACUCAUUUGACCUUUGACCUUUGGGUCUGGUUUUGUGCCCAUUUGAUGGACACCCUCCGCACUGAGCCUCCAGACUAAUAUUGCAGUGCAAACGUUGGUAGCUGGUCCGGGCAAAAUCGAUGCCUUUUACUCAUGUCAUGUCUUCGCGUACUAUUUUAUGAACCUAUUUACACUAAAUAGGAAAUAUUUAUUAUCCAGAUAUACUUCUAAAACUUUUUUUUUCUGAAUAUUUUAAAAAUUUGUUUUAGAAUUGAAUUUGCAGAAGAAGAUAAGUUAAUAUUGUGAGCUACAUGUAAUUAACCCAAUGUUAUUGACGGCCAAGCUGAUCGGUUUGAUGUACUUUAACACUGUCAACAAUUUGUGUCCCUUUUCGCCCAUCAUGUCGUUGUCACUUCUGUCCGUUCAUCCGUUAUUAGUAAUAAGUAAUUCUCGACUAAACAGUUUGAUGGAUUUCGAUGAAAUGUAGUAGACAUGUUGCGAGGGUGUUCAAAUACACGGACAUCACAGAGGGAUAAAUUUAAAUAUUUUUGACUUACAUGUACUCUCUUAAAGCUUUUUGAUUUUGAUACAAAUGUAUGAAUGAAUGUAAUUAUGCUGUUUA